AUGAAGCUGCUCAAAGGACCUCAACUUCACUUUGUUUCUUUUUGUCCUCGUGAUUAAAAUAAAAGGAUGUAAAAUAAGGGUUCUUUGUGGAGGAGUACAUUUGUGAAUUGGUGUGUCUGUGUGUGUGAGGGAUUACACGUGAGCGCGCAGCUCGCUCCCGUACCCGUCCAUCAGUGAUCCAUCCCCGGGGAGAGGAAACAUGUCGGCCCGGUCUCUGCGCGCCCUGUCCGGGGCUCUGAAGCCAGUGUUCAACAGCCGUUUGGCCCGGGUUUACGGUGCAUCUGCAUGUAACCAGAGACACAAGUCGACUUACACCACCAUCCCUCCGCCUGCACGUUAUGGAGGACGACACACCGUGACUCUGAUUCCUGGAGAUGGCAUCGGGCCAGAGCUGGCCAACCAUGUGCGUGAACUAUUCCGGUUCUGCUGCGUGCCGGUGGAUUUCGAAGUGGUUAAUGUGGACUCGUCCAUGGCGUCAGAGGAUGAUAUCAAUAAUGCAAUCAUGGCUAUCAGACGUAAUGGUGUUGCACUGAAAGGUAACAUUGAGACCAACCACAACCUGCCCCCAUCCUACAAGUCCAGAAACAACCUGCUCCGCACCACCUUGGAUCUGUACGCCAACGUGAUGCACUGUCAGUCCAUGCCCGGAGUGAGGACACGCCACAAAAACAUCGACAUCAUGAUCAUCAGGGAGAACACGGAGGGCGAGUACAGCAGCCUGGAGCACGAGAACGUCCCGGGCGUUGUCGAAUGUCUGAAGAUCAUCACAAGGACGAAGUCUUUACGCAUCGCUGACUACGCCUUCAGGACGGCUCGGGCCAAAGGACGGAGACGAGUCACGGCUGUUCACAAAGCGAACAUCAUGAAGCUGGCUGAUGGUCUCUUCCUGGAGUGCUGUCAGGAGGUUGCAAGCGGUUACCCAGACAUCAGCUUCGACAGCAUGAUUGUGGACAACACGUCAAUGCAGCUGGUGUCCAGGCCCCAGCAGUUUGACGUCAUGGUCAUGCCCAACCUGUACGGAAACAUCGUGAGCAAUGUGUGUGCCGGGCUUGUCGGUGGACCGGGUCUGGUGCCGGGAGCCAACUAUGGAGAGGAUUACGCCGUGUUUGAGACGGGGACCAGGAACACCGGGAAGAGCAUCGCGAACCAUAACACCGCGAACCCCACGGGCAUGCUGUUGGCCUCCUGCCUCCUGCUAGACCACCUGAAGCUCCACGGCUACGCCAGCAUGAUCCGCAGAGCCAUCCUGUCCACCGUCACAGAGACACGGCUGCACACUGCUGACCUCGGAGGAAAAGGCUCCACCUCUGACGUGGUCCAGUCCAUCAUGAACGCCGUUCAGAGCACGGGGCCGCAGACGCUGAGCAUCUAGAACAAACACAUUGAUCUCUCUCUGAAUCUUCUAUGCAAGUGAACUGUUUGAUUGUAGCUGUAAACAAACAGUUUGUGUAUCUAUGCAAUAUUUAUAUAUUUGACCUUAGAGUGUUUACCUUCUUCACUGUAUGAAGCACUACAUGAUACCUCAAGUCUCCCUGUGUUUGUUAGUUUGUUUAAUUUAAAUCUAAUGAAGUACAAAGAGUUAUUCUUUGAUGAGUUUGGUUUUAGUUGAUUUGAACACAGACGUCCUUCUGCUGAAUGUACUCAGUGUUGAUCUGAUACCUUUAAUAAAGACUGUCACGUCUUCUCUCUGACGUCAGGAGUAACAAAGUAAAAACACUUCCCUUCUGUAGUUGAAUAAAGAUUUCAGGAUUCUAUCGUU